AUGUAAAAAUUACUGUCAAAAGCUACCUUUGUUAGAAGGACUCUGACCCAACAAAAUAGACUAUUCUCAACAUCUAAGGACUUCUAUUAUCAAUUAUUAAGGCUUGAUGAGGUCAGAGAGGGAUUGAGACAAACAGUUGAAAAAUUCAGUAUUGAUGAAAUAGCCCCAGUUGCCAGUGAAAUGGACAAGACUGAUGUCUUUCCUCAGCAUUUGUGGAGAAAGAUGGGAGAUCUUGGUCUUCUAGGUAUUACAGUUGAAGAAGAAUUCGGUGGAGCUGGAUUAGGUUAUUAUGAGCAAUCAUUGAUAACUGAGGAAAUUUCUAAAUUUAGUGGCUCUGUUGGUCUAUCUUAUCUAGCUCAUUCAAAUCUCUGUGUCAAUUAAAUUAGACUCAAUGGAUCUGAUGAAUAAAAGAAGAAAUAUCUACCUAAGCUUAUUUCUGGAGAGCAUGUUGGGGCCUUAGCCAUGAGUGAGCCCAAUUCUGGAUCUGAUGUAACCUCAAUGCAGCUCAAAGCUGUCAAAAAAGGUGAUAGAUACAUUCUAAACGGUAAUAAAAUGUGGAUUACUAACGGUCCUUGUGCUGAUACUCUGGUUGUUUAUGCUAAAACUGAACCAGAUCUUGGACACAAGGGUAUCACAACUUUUAUUAUUGAAAAGGGUUUCAAGGGCUUUUCAGUCGCUUAAAAACUCGAUAAAUUCGGAAUGAGAGGCUCAGAAACCGGAGAGUUGGUCUUUGAGGACUGUGAGGUCCCAGCUGAGAAUGUUAUGGGAAAACUUAAUAAUGGAGUCUAUGUCUUAAUGAAAGGACUUGAUUAUGAAAGACUUAUUUUAUCAGCUGGCCCAGUAGGCCUAAUGCAAAGAGCUUUGGAUCUCAGUACUGCCUAUGUAAACGAAAGAAAAUAAUUUGGAAAGAAGAUUGGUGAUUUCUAAAUCAUCUAGGCAAAGCUUGCGGAUAUGUAUUCUAAAUUGCAAGCAAGUAGAGCUUAUUUGUAUCAAUCAGCAACUAUGUUCGACUCAGGAGUGAAGUCUAACUUAGAUUCAGCAGCUGUCUUCCUCCAUAACUCAAGGUGUGGAGUUGAGGUCACUCUUGACUGCAUGCAACUCCACGGUGGUAACGGAUACAUUAAUGAGUACGAAUGCGGUAGACUGGUGAGAGAUGCUAAGCUCUAUGAUAUCGGAGGAGGCACAACAGAAAUCAGGCAAUGGCUUAUUGGAAGAGAAUUAAUGAAAAAUUAAAACUGA